AAUUGUCAUUCGAAGCUGUCUUUCGCUCUUUUUCCGGCAUCUCUACUUGUGAACAGGACACAUUAGAUUUGGCUGAUUAUUGAACAAUGUCUAAGAGAGGACGUGGAGGAUCCGCGGGAGGGAAGUUCCGUAUUUCUCUCGGUCUGCCGGUGGGCGCAGUUAUCAAUUGUGCCGACAAUACGGGCGCCAAGAACCUGUAUGUAAUUGCCGUUCAUGGAAUCCGUGGUCGUCUGAACCGUCUGCCAGCGGCAGGUGUCGGAGACAUGUUCGUUGCCACGGUCAAGAAAGGCAAACCGGAGUUGAGGAAAAAGGUAAUGCCUGCUGUCGUCAUUCGGCAACGCAAGCCUUUCCGCAGGCGAGACGGUGUUUUUCUCUAUUUUGAAGACAAUGCUGGUGUAAUAGUCAACAACAAGGGUGAAAUGAAAGGCUCUGCUAUCACUGGACCCGUUGCAAAAGAGUGCGCUGACCUGUGGCCCCGUAUCGCCUCCAAUGCAGGUUCAAUUGCAUAAAGGACCGUUUGUUGUUAACCAAGUGGAUUAACAAUGACGUGGAGUGUGUGAAAGAAUUUGUUAUGUUUCAAUACGACAGUGAAACAGAAAAAAGCCGGUUUUUGAUGCUCCAUCUUAUCAAUAAUCGGAAUAAAACACACAAUGGAUAAACCUA